AUGUCCGCAACUGCAGAAGAAAAAUUGCGAGCUUUGGCAGAACUGCCCCCAAAGGAAAUGUACGCCAGACUGUGCGAGGUAAAGCAGCAGGCCGCAGAGGAGGAUCUGGACUACCUGGGCGAGAAAAUAGAGAAGCUGCUGAAGGCGGAAAAGACCGCAAAGAUCAUGCCUGUUUUGCACUCUGCAGUGGAGGUGCUUCGAAUAUCCGCGCCGUACAACCCGUUCUCGGAGGAAACGGUGCAGGGCCUGUUCAAACACCUUGCAAUUCGAGGCCCAAAGCAGGCAGAGGACAAAAAGGCGCUCGAGAUAAUAGCGUGCUACAAAAUGGUGGCGCUCCUGGAAAACGUAAAGACCGUGAACAGCCUGGCAGAGCUUGCCUUACUGAAUCUGUCGCAGAAGUGGAGCCUUGAAAUGCUCCAGUCUAUUGUUGAGGAGAAAGAGGAGGAUCUUGGAAAGGAGGUGAAGGCGAAAAUUGUAAAAAAGAUUGCAGAUGGCUCGUCUGUUCUCGGGGGUUUCAUAGAGAAGCACCCCCUUUUGUUUAUGCCUGCGGUGUGCGAGCUGAUCACAACCGCCAGCAGGUCGAAGAUGGGGCUUGUUGCAAAGUUCAACGCGCUCAGCAAGGAGAUUGUUUCGCGGGAGGCCAUAGAGGCGUGUCUUGACGAAAAAACAAACAAAAAAGACUUUCUCAACUUUGUGGGAGAGUCCACGGUGCGUCGCGAGAUGCUGGGGAUAGUCGAGAGCCUGGCAGAGGACCGGUCCAUGUGGGUCCGGUGCAAGGUCCCGGAGAUACUCUAUGCGAAGUCGAAGAGCACCUUCUACACGUCGGCAACUGCAGCCUCCAUCCGAGAAAGUGCGGUGGAGAUAUGGGGGCGGCGCAUGCACGACUCGUCCGCGCAGGUCAGGCUGGAAAUGCUCAAGAAGACGACGCCGGCGCAGAUUGCCGAGGUGCCGGAGAUGCGGGCGGCCGUUCUGGAAAGGCUGCGCGACACAAACAGAGACGUCCGAAGGGAGGCGCUGAAAAUAGCAGCGCAGGAGUGCAUGGAGACGCUCCAGAAAGACGCAGGCAGCGCGCACGCAGGCGCAUGCUUCGUGUGCAGAAAGCGCGGGAUUAAGACGUUUGCGGUGGUUGACGUUUUAAUGUCUAUGUUUAUAGACGAUCAUGCAGCGCAGGUGGGCCUGGUAAAGGCCUUUUUUGCCUCUCUGAUGGCAGGGAAAGCGUCCUGCACGCUUGCGCAGCAGCACAUUUUGGCGGAGAUAUUCUACAUGGUGGAUGCGGCGCCGGAAGACAUAGAGAAGCUGACAGGCUGUGCGGCGGCCCUGAGCGUGCUCGACAUAAACGCGUUCGACGUGCCGGAUGUCUGCAGCGCGCACCAAAACACAGUGAAGCUGCUGGAGAAGGUCCUGGGCCCGGAAUCUGCGCCCACACACGCAGUCCCAAGCGUGGACUCGCCCAUAAGCAUAGUGGUUAUGCUGUGCGAGGGAUACCCGAAAGGACACAUUCCCGGAGAGCUCAUGGAGAUUUUGAGAAAGCUGGCGAAAAAGGCGUCAGAAGACAUUUUUUAUAGAGUGGCCCGGCUGAUAUCAGUUGCAGAGUACAACACAGGGAGCGGAUGGGGGGCGCCGCUGGAGUACGACUCGGGCCUUCCAAGAGAGUAUCUGGAGAUAAAGCAGGCGUGCACAAGCGAGGGGUACGACUUCUCAAUGGACAUGUCCAGAAUAGAGGACAACUCCUUGCUGGGCUCUGUAAGCAUGAGCACGGACAUGGUGGAGCAGGAAAAAAAGCUUGAAGGGUUCAGCAGAAAAAUGCUUCUCAUGGUGCAGAUGGACCUGCUGGAGUGCUGCAUCCGGUCUGCUAUUUUGGAGAGGACCGUGUUUAAGCACCUCCUGUCGCGCCCGUACGAAGAGCAUGCCUACUUUGAAGGGUCGCUGUUUUUCAAGCAAAGGCUGGUGAUAGGGAUCAGGUCGCACCCGGACACCGAAAUACGGCUGAUCUUUUCGGUGGUUUCGGUUUUGGUGUGCAGGCAGACGUCGCUGGCCCUGAACGGAAAGAGCGUGAUAAGCGUGCUCGGGCUUCUCUGCUGGGUGUGCAUAGAGUACACCCGGGAGAGGGCGGUGGAGGCAGUCAUGUCCUUGUUUAGGUCCAACGCGCAGAUCGCACAGGAGUUUUUCUCGUUCUUUGCAAACCUCAAAAGGUUCUCUGUCGAGGACCAGCACAAGAAGACCGAGCUGUACGUGCUCUCCGAGGAGGUGCACGCCAUGCUUGUGAAGGAGGCCAGCAAGCUUGGCAUAAACCCAGCGCAGUACUCAAACGACAUGCCGGCGGGGCUUGUCGAGGAGCUCAAAGUCCGGGGCGGAUGGGCAGCGACUCUCUCAGUGCUGGAUGACGACCACUUCAGCGCAAACCUGCUGACAGUGUUCAAGCCCAAGCCGAGCAAGCAAACAUAA